CUCCUGCAGUAGCGAACAUAACCCGCUUGCAGAUUCUGUGUGGAGCAGAGGCUACUAUGUUGCGCAGAGGCUGCUGGAGGCUGGGAAGGCCGCUCAUCUGCCUGCGUGGUGGUCUGCAGGCCCCCGCCCAGAGCGGCCGCCGGAGCUUGGUCUCCUGCAUCGAUCCUUCCAUAGGACUAAAUGAAGAGCAGAAGGAAUUUCAGAAAGUGGCCUUUGACUUUGCUGCCCAGGAGAUGGCUCCACAUAUGGCAGAGUGGGACCAGAAGGAGCUGUUCCCAGUAGACGUGAUGCGGAAGGCUGCUCAGCUAGGCUUUGGGGGGGUCUACGUACGAACAGAUGUAGGUGGGUCUGGACUGUCACGGCUCGAUACCUCUGUCAUCUUUGAAGCCUUGGCUACAGGCUGUACCAGCACCACAGCCUAUAUAAGCAUCCACAACAUGUGUGUCUGGAUGAUCGAUACUUUUGGAAAUGAGGAACAGAGGCACAAAUUUUGCCCACCACUCUGUACCAUGGAGAAAUUUGCUUCCUACUGCCUCACUGAACCAGGAAGUGGCAGUGAUGCUGCGUCCCUUUUGACCUCAGCGAAACGACAAGGAGAUCAUUACAUCCUCAAUGGCUCCAAGGCCUUUAUCAGUGGUGGAGGUGAAUCAGAUGUCUAUGUAGUCAUGUGCCGAACAGGAGGACCAGGCCCCAAAGGCAUCUCAUGUAUAGUUGUUGAGAAGGGAACCCCUGGCCUCAGCUUUGGCAAGAAGGAAAAAAAGGUGGGGUGGAACUCACAGCCAACCCGCGCCGUGAUCUUUGAAGACUGUGCAGUCCCCAUGACCAACAGAAUUGGGGAUGAAGGGCAGGGCUUCAUCAUUGCCAUGAAAGGACUGAAUGGAGGGAGGAUCAAUGUUGCUUCCUGCUCUCUAGGAGCUGCUCAUGCUUCGGUCAUCCUCACCCGAGACUACCUCAAUGUUCGGAAGCAGUUUGGAGAGCCUCUGGCCAGUAACCAGUACCUGCAAUUCAAACUGGCUGAUAUGGCAACAAGGCUGGUGGCCUCGAGGCUGAUAAUCCGCAGUGCAGCAGUAGCUCUGCAGGAGGAGCGGGAAGAUGCAGUGGCCCUGUGCUCCAUGGCCAAGCUCUUCGCUACAGAUGAAUGCUUUGCUAUCUGCAACCAGGCUUUACAGAUGCAUGGAGGCUAUGGCUACCUGAAGGACUAUGCUGUUCAGCAGUAUGUGCGGGACUCCAGGGUCCAUCAAAUCCUAGAAGGUAAAAAUUGCCAGAGGUUAUUCUCCAGAAUGGUUAUAGGGUCACCACUUUCCCUGGCCUGUCUGUCCCUAUGCUGGCUGAGUCCAAGCCAGACGCUUAACCAACUGAGCCACUCAGGCAACCCUGAGAUUUGUUUCUUGAAGAGGGCCCAUAUCAGUAUAAACUUGCCUGUUAGAACUGAUUUUGCUCUGCCCCAAAGAUUUUGGAAUGUUGGCUUUCCAUUUUCAUUUGUCUCAUGCUAUUUUAUUUAUUUCCUUUUUGAUUUCUUCAUUGACCCAUUGGUCGUUUAAUAGCAUGUUGUUUAGCCUCCACAUGUUUUACACCAUUGUGGUUGAAAAAGAUGCUUAAUAUGAUUUCACUCUUCUUAAAUUUAUUAAGACUUGUUUUGUGGCUUCACAUGUGAUCUGUCUCAGAGAAUGUGCACUUCCAUGUGCACGUGAACAGAAUAUGUGUUCUCAUCUUUUUGGAUGGCAUGUUCUGUAUAUAUCUGUGAUAUCCUCAAGUCCUAUCUGUUCUAAGGCCCAUUCAAAGCCAUUGUUUGUUUAUUGAUUCUCUGUCUGGAUGACCUACCCAUUGAUGUAAGUGGGGUGUUAAAUUUUCUUACUAUUAUUGUAUUACUGUUAAUUUCUCUCUUUAUGUCCAUUAGUAUUUGCCUUAUAUAUUUAGGUGCUCUUGUGUAGGGUGCGUCAAUAUUUAUAAUUGUUAUAUCCUCUUGUUUGAUUGAUCCUGUUAUCAUUAUGUAAUUACCUUUUUCGUGUUUUGUUAUAGUCUUUAUUUUAAAGCAUAUUUUGUCUGAUAUAAGUAUUGCUUCCCUAGCUUUUUAAAAAAUUUUCAUUAGUAUAGAAGAUCUUUUUCCAUCCCUUCACUUUCAGUCUGUAUGAGUCUUUAGGUCUGAAGUAAGUCUCCUAUAGGCAGUUUAUAGAUGGAUCUUGUUUUUUAAUCCAUUCAGUCACCUUUUGUCUUUUGAUUGGAGCAUUUAGUCCAUUUAUAUUUAAAGUAACAGUAAUAUUGAUAGCUAUGUACUUAUUGCCAUUUUGUUAAUUGUUGUCUGGUUGUUUUUGUUCAGUUUCUUUUUUCUUUUCUUUCUGUCUUCCCUUGUGAUUGAUGACUUACCUUAAUGUUAUGCUUGGAUUCCUUUCUCUUUAUUUUUUGUGCAUCUCUUACAGGUUUUUGGUAUGUGGUUACCAUGAGGUUCAUGUAUAACACCGUAUGUAUAUAGCAGUCUAUUUUAAGUGAUGUUUGCUUAUAUUCAAACACAUUAUAAAAGCACUACAUUUUUAGUACCCCCCCAUUUUAUGUAUUUGAUGUCAUAUUUUACAUCUUAUUUUAUGAGUCCCUUAACUAAUUUUUAGAUAUAAGUGAUUUUACUAUUUUUUUUCUUUUAACCUUCACACUGGCUUUAUAAGUGAUUGACUUACUACCUAUAUUACGUUUGCUUUCACCAGUGAAAUUUUUCCUUUCAUAAUUUGCUUACUUCUAGUUGUUGCUUUUUUUUUUUUUUUUCAACUUAAAGAAGUUCCUUUAGCACUUCUUAUGAGGGCAGUUUAGUGAUGAUGAACUCCAUUAACUUUUGUUUGUCUGGGAAAUCCUUCAUUUCUCCUUCAGUUCUAAAUGAAAACCUUGCCAGUAGACUAUUCAAGGUUUUAGGUUUUUUCCCUUUCAGCACUUUGAAUAUAUCAUGCCACUCCCUUCUGGCAGCAAAGUUUCUGCUGAAAAACUGCUCUUACCUUUCUGGGUACUUUCCCUUUUAUAUAACUAUUUGCUUUUCUCUGGCUGCUUUU